AUGGACUCAGGGAGGCCACUGACACCCUACAAGUCAGCCAUGAGACUGAAGGUUCUGGAGAAGCAGGUUGGGGAGCUGGAGAUGCAGCUGCAAAUCUCUAUGAACCACAUCAUCAGUCAGGAGGAGAGGGUCCAGCAACUGCAGAGCCAGCUGGAGAAACAGAGGACCGGAGCCAGGUCUCUGCAGAGACAAAUGGACGAAUCAGCAAACCAGCUACUUCAGAAGACCCACAGCAGACAACAGAAGCAGGAGGACAAGCUGCAGCUCAGAGAGGAGCUGGAGAAGACCAGGGAGGAGCUGGCUCAUGAGAAACACCUGAAGGAGAUUUUUUUCAGUGAAGAGAGGGUGACACAGUAUCAGCUGAAGAGGCUGAAGAGGAGGCUGGAGGAGAUGGAAAACAAGAGUGAAAAGGUCCAGGAGACGAUUGAGAUGAUGAGGGAGACUCUUUCCGAAGUUCAGGAGAAGCUGGAUCAUUUAGAGGAGGCGCAAAAACAGUUACAGGAUCAGCUUCAAGAGAGGAAGGAAGAGGAGAUCCAGAUCCUGCAGAAACAGAUACCAGAUGGUGAAAGAGAGCUGAGGCAGGACAAACAGACUCUUGAUGAGGACAUGUUAGAAGACAAGGAGGAGCUGAGGUAA